CUGAGGUGGACCGAGGAGAACCCUCGGAAAUAAAGCAUUGACUUUUAGCCUUGCCAGCAGCAGCGUGCUGCGAGUUGCAGGAAUGAUUGAAGAGGAAAACCUGAUCGAUGAAAUCGACCGAAAUUCAGACUUCCGAGCACAUCAUUUCAUCGUGCGCUGCCUUCAGGACAACCGAGUGCCUUUUCUGUGUGGAACCAUCAUCGGCACCAUCUCCUUGAUCAUCACCAUGACGAUGUGCAUCCGGCACUCCAUGGCGCUGGACAGAAGACCGAUUUGUAUGCUGCGGACCUAUUACCAUGGUAUGUUGAUCUAUCCUAUGGUCUGGGCUGUUUGCUGCUGGGUGUCACUUUUCUGUCCCUUGACCACCAACUUGUCGGAGCUCUUUAUGGGUCAGAGCGAGGCAUAUGCCAUCUACAUUUUCCUAGUCAUCCUGUACAUGUUAGUCUCCAUCGAAGCGUGCAAAAAGCGGAUGGAAACUGGCGGGGCAGGUGAGUCCUUGCGGACGGAGAUGAUGAACAUGGGGCAGACUGUGAUGGAGGCCAUACAUGAGUAUGGACCACAGAAGUAUUUUGCAGUGCCUCCAUUUGGAUGUUGCUUUUGGCGUUGCUGUACACCUCAUCAUAUCACUGCGAAGCAGCUCCUUUGGGUUUCCAGACUUGUAAAGCAGUAUGUGCUCUUGGAGCUGUUUCUGAACACAUUCUUUAUGUGGUGCGGGCUGACAUUCCUGCCCGUGCGGGCCAAAAAGAUGCAAUCCGUUGCUGGGUACAUCUUGAAGGCCUCUGGCAUGCUGGCCAUCUACGGACUCUUCGUGAUGUACAAGGCGACGCAUGACCUGCUUCACGAUUGGAACACCACCAGGAAGUUCGUGGCCAUCAAGUUGGUGAUUCUGUUGUCCGUGAUCCAGAACAAGCUAUUCGGAUUGUUCAUCCGCAAGUUCAGACCUCCAGACGAGAGCUGUUUGUUGGAACCCAACAACCCCAAGGAUUUGGAACACGUGAUUGCCUGGUGGACUACGUUUGCCACUCUGGUGGAGACAGUUCUUUUGUCACAUCUCAUCAUCAAAGCAUUCCCUGCCCACGAGGUCUCUGACUAUCCACUGAAGAAUUUGGACUUGGUGGAAAUGGAGCUCAGACAGAUCCACGAGAGCGAAAGCACAAAAGGCGGUAGCCUGAGCAUGGAGACAUCGAGCAGUGAUGGGGACUACGACUCCGAGAAAGAUGGCUAAUUAGAGACACGACGCAAGGAAUUGGUUCACAGAGACCAAUGACGUCCAUAAGUGACAAGUGUGUCAGCAGAAC